AUGCCCUUCAAUGGUGGCGAGAAGCGGUGUGUGGGUGAGGACCAGGCGAGCGACUCAGAUUCUUCCCGGUUUUCCGAAAGCAUGGCCUCGCUCAGUGACUACGAGUGCUCCAGGCAGAGCUUCACAAGCGACUCCUCCAGCAAGUCCAGCUCUCCUGCCUCAGCAAGCCCUCCCAGGGUUGUGACGUUUGAUGAAGUGAUGGGUGCAGCAAGGAACUUAGAAAACAUGACUCUUGUUCACGAAAUUGCUGUAAAUGAGAACUUUCAGUUGAAAAAGGAUGCCCUCCCUGAGAACAGCUUGGCCAGCCGAGUGAAGCGCAUCGUCCACCAGGCCUACUGGGAUGUCUUGGAGUCAGAACUGAAUGCUGACCCUCCUGAGUAUGACCACGCCAUCAAAUUGUUUGAAGAAAUCAGAGAGAUUCUUCUCUCCUUUCUGAUUCCUGGUAGUGGAAACCGGCUUCGCAACCAGAUCUGUGAAGUUUUGGACACGGACCUCAUUAGGCAGCAGGCUGAGCAUGGCGCUGUUGACAUCCAAGGCUUGGCCAACUAUAUCAUCAGCACAAUGGGCAAGCUGUGCGCUCCCGUGCGAGAUGACGAUAUCAGAAAGCUAAAGGCCACUGGCAACAUCGUGGAGCUGCUGAGGCAAAUAUUCCAUGUCCUGGACCUCAUGAAUAUGGAUAUGGCCAAUUUUCUCAUUAGGAGUUUUAGACCACAUUUUCAACGCCAAUUGGUGGAUUAUGAGAGAACCAAGUUCCAGGAAAUUUUAGAAGAAACUCCAAGUGCUCUGGAUAAAACUACCAAGUGGAUAAAAGAAUCCAUAAAUGAAGAAUUGCUUUCUGUUUCUGAGACCGGUUUAACUCCUGGGGCCGGAACCAGCUCCAAGCCACACCUGAGCCCUACACUGGUGCUAAAUAACAGUUAUCUGAAACUGUUGCAGUGGGAUUACCAGAAAAAAGAAUUUCCAGAGACACUGAUCACGGAUGAAGCACGUCUUCAGGAACUGACAGAAAAGCUGAAUCAGUUGAAAAUUAUUGCCUGCCUGUCCCUCAUUACCAACAAUAUGUUGGGUGCUAUCACAGAAGGCCUCCCUGAGCUGGCAGACCGGUUAAAGAGGGUCUCGGCUGUUCUGCUCGAAGGCAUGAAUAAAGAGACCUUUAACUUGAAGGAAGUCCUGAAUUCUGUUGGUGUUCAGACUUGUGCUGAGGUUAACAAGACCCUGGUGGAGAGAGGCCUACCCACUUUAAAUGCAGAGGUUCAAGCUAAUCUUAUAGGUCAAUUUUCAAACAUUGAAAAGGAGGACAAUCCUAUCCGGUCUUUGAUUGAUAAACGAAUCCAGCUAUACUUGAAGAGCCUCCUUGGUCUCCCAAACCCUCAGAAAUGCCUGCCUCCCAUGCCCGGGGGCCUUGCUGUCAUUCAGCAGGAGUUGGAAGCGCUAGGUUGUCAAUACGCUAACAUUGUGAAUCUCAACAAACAAGUGUAUGGACCAUUUUAUGCAAAUAUACUCCGAAAGCUGCUCUUUGGCGAGGAAGCCACAGGGAAGACAGAUGCUUCAUCUUCUGCUAACUAA